AUGAUUAUUUUAAUUUUGCUAUUAUCAAAGGAUAAAUCGAGCCGAGUUUUAAACUCCAUUGAAAGUGGCAGUGGCGGCAGCAAUAGCAUCAACUCAGACGAUCAUCCCGGAUACAACAUCGCCGUUGCCGAGCUGGCUGGGCUCUUGGUGACGGCGAAUGAGGAUACCACUCUGCGCUUAUUAGACCAUCCAUCGGGGCCAGAGGAAGUGUUAACAGCAAUAUCACAGAUCCGCUUAUCUGACGAGCAGCUUUUUCGGCUACGAGCCCAUAUGCUAGCUUGCCUCAAGGAGACUACCUCUCCUACCCUCGCCCUGGCCAACACAAUCUGA